ACACUUCAAAAUUUGAAGUACUACCUACGAUUGAAGUGAUUACAUAUUGAAGUUUUUUUCUAGUGAAUUUUAGCAAAAAAAUAAUUUUGAAUAAUGUGGGUGAUUUAAGUGUAUAUUUUAUAUUUUAAAAACUUUAUGUGCUUUUUUACACAAUUUUGUCUAUAAACAAUAUGUCAAAAAAUAAAUUGAAUUUAACAUUACCUCCUGGUUCCAUCGAACCAGCUCCUGUGGUUACACCAACUUCGACUGCUCCAUCAAUUGUUGAAACAACAAAUACUCAAGUACAACAGGCGUCAGCAACCAUUUUUGGCUGUGGGGCAAAGUCAACCAAAAUCACAAACACAUUAGUUGGAAAAUCGAAAACCAGCAUAGAAGCAUUAACCGAACGUUUAGAAGAAAUUGAAAUGGACGAUACACAACGAAAACGUAUCCAAGUAUUUUUAUGUCAAAAGGAGAAAGUUGGUGAAUUAAGUGUUGAUGAUUUUGAAAAAUUAGGUGAAUUAGGUGCUGGCAAUGGAGGCGUUGUAUUAAAAGUACGCCAUAAAUCUAGUAAAUUAAUAAUGGCAUUAAAAUUAAUACAUCUGGAAGUAAAGCCAGCAAUAAAGAAACAAAUUAUACGAGAGUUAAAAGUAUUGCAUGAAUGUAAUUUUGCACAUAUUGUAGGCUUUUAUGGCGCUUUUUAUAGUGAUGGCGAAAUUAGCAUAUGUAUGGAAUAUAUGGACGCUGGUUCAUUGGAUUUAAUAUUAAAGAAAGCUGGUAGAAUACCAGAAGAUAUUUUAGGAACGAUCACAACGGCAGUAUUAAAAGGACUUAGUUAUUUAAGGGAUAAACAUGCAAUUAUGCAUCGUGAUGUUAAACCGAGUAAUAUUUUAGUAAAUAGUAGUGGUGAAAUUAAAAUAUGUGAUUUUGGUGUAUCGGGUCAAUUGAUUGAUUCCAUGGCCAAUUCUUUUGUUGGGACUCGUAGUUACAUGUCGCCGGAAAGAUUACAAGGCACACAUUACUCAGUACAAAGUGAUAUUUGGUCACUUGGAUUAUCGCUAGUGGAAAUGGCCGUUGGAGUAUACCCAAUACCACCACCAGAUGCAAAAACUUUAGCUGCCAUAUUUGGUCCACGCCCUGAAGGUAGUGAUUCACCAAGUCAUGUACCUACACCCAGAUCGAUGGCAAUAUUUGAAUUGCUUGAUUACAUUGUAAACGAACAACCACCAAAAUUGCCGUCAGGUAUAUUUUCUGACGAAUUUAAAGAUUUUGUUGAUCGUUGUCUAAAGAAGAAUCCUGAAGAACGGGCGGAUUUAAAAACUUUAAUGAAUCAUGAUUGGAUUAAAAAAGCUGAAUCAUCGAAUGUGGAUAUUGCCGGUUGGGUAUGCAAAACAAUGGACUUAAAACCACCAAAUACAAACAAUACUACUUAAAUAUUAAAUUUUCAAAAUAGAUAUUGUUACAAAUUAAAUAAUUAAUAAAUGUAAGAUAUUUAAAAACAAAACAUAAAUAACGGUAACGUUGAUCAUAAUCGUGAACUUAUUCAUAAUCGUAUCAAAUUCAAAUUUUUCUAGAUAAUAGUUAUUGGAAUAUCUUGCUGUACUUGUUAAAAUGAUGUUUAAACAAAAUAUAAUAAUAAGUGUUUUA